CAAGGUCAGGGCACGGGUCGGGACACAGCCACACGGGUAGAAAACGGAGGCGUGUUAGGCCGCCCCGACCACCACCUUCACUACUCUCUCACUCGCGCUUCGGGAAAAUUACUUUCUCGGCCCUAUUGAAUCAAGAUGAUGGUUAGAAGACUUCGAACAUUAUCCUUGCUGGCGUCAAUAAACAAGAUAGCUCCUGCUUGAAUUGAUAGUCAAACUUUUUUUCUUCUUCUCUCCAUGACCUUUGUUGCAUACUGUGCUUGCUUUCUUAACAUGGUUUGCCAGUAUUAAGCUUUAACUGUUGUAAUAGUUUACAAAGAUCAUUGUUUUCAACUUUGUUUCAAAUACUUCGGUCGGUGUACAGUAUAUUCUCUUGAAAUUCAUUAAAUAUAGUGAGUUAGUCGUGAUGGAAGAUAACACCAUCGAGCCGCCAAGCGGAGCAUUUGGCAUCCCAAAGUGGAUGAUGAAAAAAGGAAUGAGAUAUGAGGUAGAUGACUUCAUAGUAUCGCCUCCUUCCACUGAAGAUGGGGGCUUCUUGCAUCUCCGUUAUGGACGAAACCCAAGACCACGGCUGCACCAACCCAGCCAAGACAGCACCAACCAGGAAAUGUCCAUGACUGUUGAGGUCAGGGAUGGCAGCACUGUAAUAACAACGGUGUGCUCCUCUGAACACUUGGACAGCACCAGCCCUGAGGCCGCUCUCAUCAUCAGCCCGGGUGGCCUCUCUACCAACACUGCGGCGGUUUCGGCGUCAAAAGUUGCAGCGGAAAAUUAUGAUGUUCAACCACUUUUUGUUUUGAACUUUGGAGAGACCGAGUCUGUUGCUACAGAAGGAGAAAGCUUAAAAGCUGCUGAAUCGACGCAAACUCUGCAUCCUGUAAAAGAAGGUUUUGCAUCAAUUUAUUCUAAUUCAGUUAAUGGCAGUUGUAAUGAAAUUUUGAUAACUGGCCCUUCUCCAUCUGAAAAGUGCUCUCCCACAAGCAAAACAGACGACAAAAAAUUAGGGCUUCUAGAGAAGGUUACUCUUAUUCCAUCUAAUCGGGGAGGCUCUCAUCCUACCCAUCUGGCCACACCAAGUUCAAGUCCCCUGGCAUCUCCUAAAGCAUCACCAAAGCCUCGCCGUUCAGUAAUGGGGGUAGUAAUGGAAGGCUCAAACAAAAGCUCUGUUCACAGCUAUUUUUGCACAAAACCUUUCCAAGGCCAUCAAGAAGGUUCAAACACAACACACAGUAUCUCUGAAGAAGUAAGAGAAAUUUCGUUAUCAUCGUUAAGGACCCAACAGCUUGAAGAUGCAACAAAGACCUCUCAAUCAUUUGAUUCUAAUUCAAAAGCAAUUGCAGUUAAACGUCGACAAAGGCCAAAACCUUCAGCUUUGAGAGAAAUGAACUUUUGGGCUCCUACAUCUAUGUAAUAUAAAGGUUUGACAUAUAAGUGUAAUGUGUUGGUGACAUGCUAUACAUUUUAAAUGGUUGUUUUUGAAUUAUUAAUGCAGAUGUUAACAAAAUAUUUAGAAAAGUUAUAUAAUUUAUUAUUAAAAUGGUACAUAUUGAUAAACGGGUCUAAAAAUAGAUUUUUGAAGGUGUAGAUCCUGUCCAACAAAACCGUCAUGGUUUUAGAGGUUCUUGUAAAGUUUGUAUGCAGAAAAGUAGUCAGUUCUGAAAUCAUGGUGCAAAAAUUAAUAUUUUGAGACGAAUAAUUUUAGUAAAUGUACACACAUUAUCAAGUGUACCUAUUAAUACAAAUAUGGCUGUAUUUCUUUCUAGGAAUUCGAGAGUUAUUUAUUCAUACAAACAUUGUAAUUGUAAAAUUACUGAAGUGUAGUAAACAAGAUAAUCCAUUUUCUCUUCUAGAAGAUUUUAAUUAAGAGUGGAAGAAUUAAUUGCUGUAUGAAAGCUAUUAAAGUAUAAAUGCAUUUAGUAAAUUAUUCAAUGUGUCAUGCUGUAUUACUCUGUUGCCCAACUUGUGAUUUGCUGGAUAUACAAUUUCAGAUAGCUUUGGCAGACCAGCUGUGUUUUGAGUAAAUAAGAUGUACACAAUGACUGGGACCAUAAGUAUAUGCACACAGGACUCGUGUGUCUAUUCAACCUCAGCACAAUCCCAUAUUGUCUUUCUACAUUUGAAUAAAUCAUGUGCAUUUGUAGUGGCCAACACAAUUGUUGUUACUCCAUAUUAAUUUAAAUAAAACAAAAUUUUAAGUGUUCAGCAUCAUUCAAUUAAAAAGUAUUCUUGUAUUAUAAAUUACUGUACCUGCACAUGACAGCUGUAGUGUAUAAUUUUUUCCAUAAUGCAUGUUUGGCCAUCUUCCAGCAGCAAUUCCAUGUACUAAAUUAAAUAUGAAUAAAGUUUUUUACGCAAAAC